AUGAAGUUCUCCACCAUCACAUCACUCUUCCUUGCCAAUGCUGGCUUUUCCCUCGCCGCUCCCACCAAGACCUUGGCACAGGCUACAGCCAUUGAGGUUAAAACUGGUGACAACGGCAUCGAGACUCCCCUUCCCAUCCAGCCCGGCAUGGUCGACAACUGUGACCGCUUCCACUUCGUCGCAAAGAACACUGGCUGUCUUCAGAUCGCCAACAUGUACGGCAUCACCUUUGAGCAAUUCAAGGAGUGGAACCCCACCGUCGGCAGUGAUUGCCGUACUCUCUGGGCCGAUGCCAACGUUUGUGUCCGCACUAUCGGAUACAAGUACCCAGUCUCAGUUGCUUGCUACGGCAGCAAAGACAUUAUUCCCUGGGGCUCAAACAAGGCUGCCGCGCUCACUGCUGCUCGUGACUGGUGCUAUAACGGAGGCGGUGGUGGUAUCUACGAGAUCUACGAGACCAAGACUGGAUGUGUCAACGCACCUUCGGGAGCGGGCAAGUUUGUCUUUGAGGUCAAGACCACCCACGGAACCAGAAUCGGGCUCACUGGUGGACGAUGCCAGACAUUCCUCAACCUUGGCAUCAAUGGAUGCAAGGACGGAGCUCAAACCAACACAGAGGGCUGGACCAUGGAGACUACUUUUGAGACUGGAAAGUGCAAGGCCUAA